CCCCGAGCCAUGGCCUGCAGCCUGAAGGACGAGCUGCUGUGCUCCAUCUGCCUGAGCAUCUACCAGGACCCAGUGAGCUUCGGCUGUGAGCACUACUUCUGCCGCCGCUGCAUCACCGAGCACUGGGUCCGCCAGGAGCCCCAGGGCACCCGUGACUGCCCCGAAUGUCGCCGCACCUUUGCCGAGCCCACCUUAGCCCCCAGCCUCAAACUGGCCAACAUUGUGGAGCGCUACAGCGCCUUCCCCUUGGACGCCAUCCUGGGCGCCCAGCGCAGCCCCUUCCCCUGCAAGGACCACGAGAAGGUCAAGCUCUUCUGCCUCACUGACCGCGCCGUCGUCUGCUUCUUCUGCGACGAGCCCGCUGUGCAUGAGCAGCACCAGGUCACCAACGUGGACGAUGCCUUCGAGGAGCUGCAGCGGGAGCUGAAGGAGCAGCUCCAGGGGCUGCAGGAGAGCGAGCGUGGCCACACUGAAGCCCUGCACCUCCUCAAGCGGCAGCUGGCUGAGACCAAGUCCUCAGCCAAGAGCCUGCGGGUGACCAUCGGGGAAGCCUUUGAGCGGCUGCACCGGCUGCUGCGGGAGCGGCAGAAGGCGAUGCUGGAGGAGCUGGAGGCGGACACGGCACGGACGCUGACCGACAUCGAGCAGAAGAUCCAGCGCUACAGCCAGCAGCUCCGCAAGGUGCAGGAGGGCAGCCAGAUCCUCCAGGAGCGCCUGGCCGAAGCCGACAAGCAUGUCUUUUUAGCCGGUGUUGCGUCCCUUUCCGAGAGGCUGAAGGGGAAGAUCCACGAGACCAACCUGACCUACGAGGACUUCCCCACCUCCAAGUACAUGGGGCCGCUGCAGUUCACCAUCUGGAAAUCCCUCUUCCAGGACAUCCAUCCUGUGCCGGCAGCCCUGACACUGGACCCCGGCACAGCUCACCACCGCCUGAUCCUCUCCGACGACUGCACCAUUGUGGCCUAUGGCAACCUGCACCCCCAGCCGCUCCAGGACUCCCCCAAACGCUUUGACGUGGAGGUGUCAGUGCUGGGGGCGGAGGCAUUCGGCAGCGGGGUCCAUUACUGGGAGGUGGUGGUCUCCGAGAAGACCCAGUGGAUGAUCGGCCUGGCCCACGAAGCCGUCAGCCGCAAAGGCAGCAUCCAAAUCCACGGCGGUGGGUUUUACUGCAUCGUCAUGCACGACGGCAACCAGUACAGCGCCUGCACCGAGCCCUGGACCCGGCUCAACGUCAAGACCAAGCUGGAGAAGGUGGGGGUCUUCCUGGACUACGACAAGGGGCUCCUCAUCUUCUACAACGCCGACGACAUGUCCUGGCUCUACACCUUCCGGGAGCGCUUUCCCGGCAAGCUCUGCUCCUACUUCAGCCCCGGGCAGAGCCACGCCAAUGGCAAGAACGUCCAACCGCUGCGCAUCAACACCGUCCGCAUCUGA